CGCUAGGACCGAGCACGGUCAGUGCUGUCAGUGCCGGGCUAUGGACGCCCCCGGGGCCCAGGACGCCACCGCCGCCCCGGGCAGGAAGGAGCUGAAGAUCGUGAUCGUGGGCGACGGCGGCUGCGGCAAGACCUCAUUGCUCAUGGUGUACAGCCAGGGCUCCUUCCCCGAGCACUAUGCCCCGUCCGUGUUCGAGAAGUACACUGCCAGCGUGACUGUGGGCAGCAAGGAGGUGACCCUGAACCUCUACGACACGGCCGGACAGGAAGACUAUGACCGCCUUCGGCCCCUCUCCUACCAGAACACCCACCUCGUGCUCAUCUGCUAUGACGUCAUGAAUCCCACCAGCUACGACAAUGUCCUCAUCAAGUGGUUCCCCGAGGUCACGCAUUUCUGCCGAGGGAUCCCCAUGGUACUCAUUGGCUGCAAGACGGAUCUGAGGAAGGACAAGGAGCAGCUGCGGAAACUGCGGGCCGCACAGUUGGAGCCCAUCACCUACAUGCAGGGACAGAGCGCCUGCGAGCAGAUCCGGGCCGCGCUCUACCUGGAGUGUUCCGCCAAGUUCCGGGAGAACGUGGAGGAUGUCUUCCGAGAGGCCGCCAAGGUCGCCCUCAGCGCCCUGAAGAAAGCCCAGCGGCAGAAACAACGCCGGUUCUGCCUGCUGCUGUGACCUGUGGGGCCCUGGGCACCAGGCUGCAGGGCCCCCGCCAGGAGACAGGGCCCGAGACCCUUCCUCCCUACUUCCAGCUCGUGCAGGGCACUCGGAGUUGGACAUCUCCAGCAUCUGGUGUUUGGGGCCUGUGGUUGGACUUGUGGAUCAUUCUGGAACUCUCUCCUUUCCCAGCUGGGGCUUCUGACCACGAACUCGCCUCUAGGCUUACACUCAAGCCAUGGCCCCAAGGUGAAUGAGGAUGCUGGAUUCACGUCCUCUGUGCCCGGGAACCACACAUUCUGCAGGGCCUGGGCCACGCAUUUGUCCCCAGGACUCAAGAGUGCCCUCACCAUGGCUUCCACCGGCCAUGCUGGGCCCCUCUCUGCACGCCCAGUUGAUGCUUGACAUUAAAACUAUGGCUGGUACGCAGGCAGACGUGGACUUGGCAGGGUUCCUGUGGGAUCCCCAGGCUGCCCGCUCCCUGGGAUCCCGAGAUAGGCACGGCCGUAUACACCACUUCUUCCUUCCCCCAGGAACUCGGGGGCCGUGACAGGGCCAGGGCCCAGGGCCUAUCAGGAGAACGCAGGCCACAGCCCCGGAUAUGGGGCCGGCACCACCCUCCCUCUCCUCCUGGCCCAAACUGCGGACUCCGCCUUGGCCUUCAGCUUGGACACCAUCAUUUCAGAGCUGGGCACACGGGCCCAAGGAGGAGAGGAAACCAUCCUUCAAAAGGCAGAAAGUAUACUCCUUGUACCCCAGUCUGAUCCCUGCUGCAGGACUCCUUACACCUAACCCCACUGUCAGGAAGUCAAGGUGAAACGUGCCAUCCAUUCCUGGUGACCUGGGUCAGGUCAGUUCUUAGACUCUUUCCCAUCUGCAGUGGGCAGUAGUCCAUUUAAACUGUCACUGAGCUGCCCUCUGGCCCUAACAGCUUCCACUUGUACCAGAACGUGGGGUUCUGGAGCUGAGGCCAUCCUUGCCUGGUCUCCUGCGGAAAAGGACAGGAUCCACCCCCGCCCCACACGAUGGGUUUCUCAGAGCUGGUCCUCUUCGGACCACCUGUGUCACCAACAGCCAGGAGGGUACUUGUUAAACUAUAGACCCCUGGGCCCUGGGCCACCUUCCGGAAAUUCUGGAGUGGGGGUGGGGGUGGGGGUGGUGCAGGCUUUUUUAAACAAGUGCUCCAGAUGAUUCUAAAGCCCAUCAGGGACUAACAGUUGCUCAGUUCUGGAGUGAGGACCAGGAGUCUGCGUUACCUAAGAUGGGAUCAUGGCUCCAAGCGGCUCCUGCCCCCCUUGUCCAAUGCUGGGUUCCCCACUAAGCCUGAGCCUCAGAAGCCAGGCUGCCAGGCAAGGAGACUUCUGAAAUGCAUCCAUUCUACCUAGGUUCCCAAACACCCUGUCAUGCUCUGGGGAUCAAUAGAGGAAUCAGACCAAGGACCUCUUAUUCUAGCAGGACCCAAAGACUUGUGCACACAUGAUGCUCUAGGACAGGGGUCGGGAAACUAUGACCUGUGAGUCAAAUCUGGCCGCUGCCAGUUUUUGUGAAUAAAGUUUUAGUGGAAGACAGCCACAUCCAUUCAUUUCUGUAGUGUCGGGCUGCCCUCACCCUACAACUGUAGAGCUGAGUAGCUGCAACAGAGUCAGCAUGGCCUGCAGAGCCUAAAAUAUUUACCAUCUGGCCGUUUUCAGAAAAGGGCUGACUUCUACUCUAAAGCAAACCGAUGUGCCUAAAGGGCCAGAUGGCAGACCUGAACAGGGAAGGAGGGCAGGUAUAAAAAGGAGAGGCGGGGCCUGCAACAAAGUAGAAAGGCCGGCUCAACCCUGGCCAAGUGCUGUCCUGCAGGAAUGUUGCCACAUCUCUACAUUUUUCUAGGGAAAGUAGAAAUUGGUUUUUUAUGUGGAAUCUCACUGAGGUGAGAGGGAUAAGGGGAGGGAGGAUCUCGUAUUUUAAAAAUGUAACAAAAACAAUUUUUUUAAAUCCCACUGAGGGCCAAACAUGUAUGUGGGCAUCAGCUGUGAAUUCUGGUCUAAGUGGAUUUGUAGGGACGUCUCUAAGGGCAGCUGAGGCCCAUGAGUGAGACGGGGCAGAACAUUCAACUGAACCCACUGGCUUCUCCACCCUCACCACUAGUAGAAGAUCUAACGCCAGGUGACCAGACAUUCCUUGGCCUCAGAUGUGGCCUCUUGAGGGGUGGGCCUGGUCAUAACUCCCGGAACAUUCCAGAACCUCUGGGGAGAAGGGAGGGAGAUGGGGAGUAGGUGACCUCCACGAUGGCUUAAAUCCCUGGCAGGCUGAGGGUCUUGGUCCCACUCCCUGAGUACUCACUGCAAGAAUCUGAGGAGGUGGUGGAGGUGUGAGGGUCAGGAAACUCCCAAAAGCCGACCCAAACUUUCAGUGUCAGAACCACUCUCAGUUACAACAAUCCAGAGGCUGGAGCGCCCUCUGGUGGUAACCCUCAAAACCCAUCGGUGUCAUUCCAAGAGGCCAAGCCCUCCAGGCCUUAGGGAGCGAGCAGGCCCCCUUUCCCCACCAACAGGAGGAAGACUCAGGAAGCAAAAAAAAGAGGAGGAGGCAAAGACAGACAGUGGUUCUCUGAGAACUUAAAUAACCCCUGCCACGGCGGGAGCUUACAGCAGAAGCGGUGUGGCCCAGGGCAGGGUGCUCCACAGGAAGCUCAGGGCUUCAUUCAACCCCAUGCCUGGGACUCAGUAAGUAGCAGGUCAGCAUAAAUCCAACCCCAGCGAGGCACAUCCAAACCCCAACCUGAGGGGCUCAAAUGACGGGAGGGAGGGCAGCCGGGCUCCCUGAGGCUUUAGGCCCCUCCCCAGGAAGACUGGCCCAGUCUUGGCCACUACCACAGGCCAUGGGGAAAGCCUCCGGUUCCUGGGGAGUUGGGGGGACCUGGUAUUAAAUAUGCUCAUAAAUAGGGAGGCUGGGUGGGCUAAUACUGUGUGGACGGGCUGGGCUCACAUUCCUUGUGUUGGGCCGGGGACCGGCGCCUCGGCCCUGCUCCCCAUGACACGCUGGCUCAAGAUUACUGCAGCCAGUGGUCAGGGGCACUGCUGGGGAGGAUGUCGGCAGCAGAGGUGCCGACCAGAAUCCCCCCACGGUCCUAAAGUCCAGGGGCCCGAGGGGCACAAGAGUCCUGUGGCUCAGGGCUUCUCUGUCUUAUUUCUGUUCUUCUGGAGUUUGGCGUGCACGACUUUAAGUGUGGUCAGAAAGUUGCCAAGGAAGAGGACGAGAAACGUCAGCGCCAGGACAAACACCUGAGGAGGCACCCAGAAAAGGUGGGGGGAGAGGGAAGAGGGGUAUGAACCAGAUAGAUGAUUUAAGCUCUGACCAGCCCCCACCGCUAGAAUGCCCCCCACCCCAG